AUGUCUACAAACAGUACCAUAAAUCUGUCUGAUGACUUUAAGUUUGAUUUCUACAAAUAUACACCCAACCUGGGUGCUUCCAUCGCGUUCGCGGUGUUGUUUCUUAUAGCCGCAAUAAUAAUCACCGGACAGCUGUGGAUUCUAACAAAAUCGCAUAGACAGUUCCUGACGCAAUGGAUGAACUCUCCAACAUACUACGCCAAUAUUCGUCAUUAUAAUACCUUCAAGCUAUUUGCUGCCCAUAUACCGUUAAUUGUGGGAUGCAUCAUCGAAGUCGUUGGUUAUAUCGCAAGAUCUGUCUCCCGUCAUGAUGUUUACUCGUUGCCCCCAUUUGCUGUGCAAGUGGUGCUGUUACUCGUGGGGCCUACAUUAUACGCUGCAAGUAUAUAUAUGGUUUUUGGAAGAAUGGCACACCUCAUGUUUGUUGAGAAUUUGAUGAUCAUGCCCGCUAGGUUUAACACUGUUAUCUUUGUGCUUGGUGAUGUAGCAAGUUUGCUAUUGCAAGCAGCAGGUGGUGGUAUGCAAGCCAGCGCAUCCACUGAAAAGGCGGGCUCAAAUAUAGUCACCGUAGGUCUUUUUAUUCAAAUAGCCUUCUUUGGUAUCUUCAUGAUAAACGAGUUCCUGUUUGUCAUUAGGGUUAGGGCACUGAGGAAUAAGAACAAAAUUGCCAGCAAGAGUAACACAUGGAUAUACUACAACUGGAUAUUGAUUGUCAACAGCGCUAUGAUCUUAGUUAGAUCAAUCGUUAGAACCGUUGAAUUCAUUCAAGGUUAUGAUGGUUACAUCACUUCCCAUGAGUACUUCCUUUACAUAUUCGACGCUACUCCAAUGUUUUUACUGCCAUUAAUUACCAUUGUAUUUAUGAUGAAGUACAACAUUUUCGAGAUUCAGAGAGAAUCAAUCCAGAUCCAGUCCGAGCUUGACAAGGAUUAUGAAUCCGAGGACAAUGAUAGCUCGCUCGACAUCGAAGCCGAUAUUGAAGAUGGUUCAGAAAACCGUAUGUCAAAAACUGAAUUUUAA